GUCUCUGCUUAUAAUUAGUGUCGUUAUCGAUCAGGUGUGCGGAUGCUCGCACUUGCCCAGCACGGCGAUGGCUAGCAGCUCGGAGGCGGCGAAGAAAGUGUUACGCUACAAACUUCAAUUAGCAGGCACACCGCAGUCUGCCACGGUGCUAAAAAUCUUGCAGAAACUCAACAACCUGGAUAUCACCGUCGAUGUCCUUGCUGAAACCGGCAUUGGGAAAACCGUCAACUCAUUUCGCAAACACAAAGACGCUGGAGAACUAGCCAAGACGCUGGUGAAAGGUUGGAAACAAUUACUCCCUAAGAAGUCAGCAAGUCUUACAGAAGAUGGAAACGCUCCGCAUAGUUUGUUCGUCAAAGAGAAACUCACCAAUGACCAAAAUUGUCCAAAUAGAGUGGAGGACUUAAACAAUAACGGCAAGUGUGUGGAGACUUCAAAUGAACAUGUCACUGAGAAAUCUUAUACGGAGAUAAGAGAAAAGGACCAGAAUGACCAGAGUGAUGAAGACAACACAAAUAAAUUGGGUAUAUUGAGUUUGAAAAAUUACAUUCUUGAGGAAAAACGGGACCCUACUUCGAAGCAGAAGAAGAAUGGCGAUUAUAAAUCCAGAUCAGAGGAACAACUUGAAGAAAAAAGUGGAGAGUGUCACUUGGAAAGAAAGUCAAAAAAGAAAUCAAAAGAGAUUUGUGACGAUGCAACAUCCAGUGACAAGUCUCGGAACUGGGAUGAAGUUAAAGAGGACCGAUCGUCGGGGAGCAGUAGAAAAAAGAAGAAGCGUGAGAAAGAACACAAGGAACUGUCUAAACCAGCAAAAAAGAAGGUCAAAAUACAACCACCGGUGGACCAUGAAAGUGAAGUGGAAGAACCGUCUAUGUCUUUUGAAUCCUACUUGAACUAUGACGACAAUGUCCCCAAGAAGAAGGAACGAUCCAGAGGGAAGAAACUAUCUAAAAAGAUUAAGACUGUUUUCAAGAAGCAGCCGAAACUAACUGUAGUAAAGUCCACAGAGAUGCCAGCUUCUCCAAAAAAGAAGUGUAUCAUGGAAUCGCCAAAAGACCUGCUUAGCAUUCCUUUACCGAUCAUUCUUCCGGAAGUAUCCACUUUUGAAUACCUUGAGAGGAAAGUGGAGAAGGUGCCUGAUUUUGUAGACCAGUCUGAGGAAGGUGCAGUCUUCACCGGUCAGCGUCUAAACAAGAAGAUGCAGGUCUACUCUGGAGCAAAGACGGUCUUCCUGCCGGCCAUGAUGAGCUUGUACCAGCAGUGCAUACGCACACUGCAGAACAAUAUCAACUUGCUUUACGAUACAGGAGGCGUCCCGUUUGAAAUUCUCGAGCCGGUGUUGGAGAAGUGUACGCCGGAGCAGCUGCUGCGCAUUGAGGAAUUCAACCCGGUGUACAUUGGCGUGACGGACAACCUGUGGGGAAAACACUGCCAGAGGGAUUUCAAGGACGCCAAGCUUCAGCAGUACGAAUCAUGGAAAGAGAUGUACGUCCGACUGUCAGAAGAGAGGGAGAGAAAAUUCCAGAGAUUGGCCAAAAAAAUUGUCAUGGACCAUUCCAAGAAACCGAAAGGCCGGCAAGUGAAGAUGGCAUUUAUUCACACCGUUGCUAAGCCACCCAGACAUGUGCGUAUCCAACAAGAAAUCCAUGGAACUGCGGUUCAGCAGCCUCCACAGUCUAAUUGCAGCGUCAAGUCUCGAGAUAGCAAACCAAAGUCUUACAAUGACCCUGUGAAGACCAAUACCUGCGGCAGCAGUAGCAGCACCAACACCGUCUCGGGCCCAGGCAACACACAAGACUCUCGCAAGAAAACAAGGGUGGCUCCAAUGAUGGCAAAGUCCUUGAAGGCGUUCAAAAAGCAGUUGGGCCGCCGAUGAAAUGCACUUGAACAAAUGUGGCUGUGCUUAUUCACACAGUGUCACUCACUGCUAGUUAAUAAUGCACACAGUUGCUAUGUUUCUCUGGAAAUGUGGAUUUUUCUGUCGAUAAAAUAAAAUGCAUUACCACG